AUGGAUCGUAGUUGGAUGAGAGCUAAUCGAUUAAGUGAUGAGUACGAACAUGGAGUGAUGAAAUUUCUAGAGUUUGCUGAAAGUAAUGCUAAAAAAGAUCUCCCUCCUCCUAAAAGUAAUGCUGAAGAUAGUCACCCUACGCUUUUUCUCUGUCCAUGUGUUCGUUGUGCAAAUAGAGAACCAAGGCUUAGUAAGAAAGAAAUCAUGGAUCAUCUAAUUUGUGAAGGGAUUUGUCAAAGUUAUACACAAUGGAUAUGGCACGGUGAAGUGGUAGAAAAUUCAAAUGUGUCACAAAAAGAUAAUGUUAGUGUAGAAAUGGAUGAUCGUCUGGAAGACAUGAUGUGUGAUAUUGGACAAGAUUCGUUUAAGAGGGCACAUGCGUAUGAUAGCUUAUGCAAUGACAAGGAUACACCUUUGUACCCGGGAUGCACAAAUUUUACACGUUUGUCAGCCGUGUUAAAAUUGUUUAAUCUGAAGGCAAUUAACGGGUGGACUGACAAAUGUUUUACCGAAUUACUUGAACUGUUGACACAAAUGCUUCCAGAAGGUAACGUACUGCCAAGUCGUUAUUACGAGGCUAAGAAAAUACUGUGUCCGAUGGGUUUGGAGUAUGAAAAGAUACAUGCAUGUCCUAAUGAUUGCAUAUUAUACAGAAAAGAGUAUGUAAACUAUAACCAUUGUCCAAAGUGCAAGGCGUCACGCUACAAAAAGCGACAUGGUGAAUCUAGUGAUGAUGAGGAGGUCAAAAAGGGUCCUUCUGCGAAAGUGGUAUGGUACCUACCAAUAAUUUCAAGGUUUAAGAGAUUAUUCGCUAAUGCAAACGACGCAAAGAAUCUUAGAUGGCAUGCAGAAGAAAGAAAAUGUGAUGGACAAAUCCGCCAUGUAGCUGAUUCUUUGCAAUGGAAGAAAAUUGAUUAUUUGUUUCUAAAUUUUGGCAAAGAGUCGAGAAACCUUAGACUUGGACUUGCUACUGAUGGAAUGAAUCCUUUUGGUAAUCUAAAUACUAACCAUUCUUCUUGGCCUGUUCUUCUGAUGAUUUACAACCUAUCUCCUAGGCUGUCCAUGAAGCGUAAAUAUAUUAUGUUAUCCAUGAUGAUUUCGGGCCCAAAACAACCAGGAAAUGACAUAGAUGUUUAUCUAAGUCCACUGAUCGAUGAUUUAAAAGUGUUUUGGGAGGAAGGGGUGGAUGUUUUCGAUGCGCAUUCUGGUGAACAGUUCAAUAUGCGUGCCAUGUUGUUUUGCACCAUCAACGAUUUUCCGGCAUAUGGCAAUUUGUCUGGGUAUAAAGUUAAAGGGCAUAAAGCGUGUCCUAUAUGUGAAAAAGACACAUGUUACCAUCAGCUUGAAAAAGGAAAGAAGACUGUUUAUCUCGGGCAUCGAAAAUUUCUAAAUCGUUAUCAUCCAUAUCGUAGAUUGCGGAAAGCUUUCAAUGGGGAACAAGAGCAUGGUGUUGCUCCAAAGCCCUUAACUGGAGAGGAAGUUUAUCAACGACAACAGGACAUUACUGCUGUCUUUGGAUAG